CAGCUCGUCCCAAGCCUGCCUGUCCCCAGCGUGGAGGCGGGACAGUAGAAGACUGGCUGAGGCUGGAGUUUGGAGUUUGACCCGCUCGGAGGCUCUCUCAGCAGUGGGCAUAUAGGAGGAAGGGUCACUGCUGUCUCCGGAAGCUCUUGGCUGCAAAGAGAGAGGAUCCCGGGUGUCUCCCUCCUUACAACCAUCACCACCUCUUAGUGCCUUAGAAGCCACUGACAGCCCCCCAGGGCAGGGAGCCCUGCAUCUGGAAUAAGGAUCCAGAGGUCUCGUUCAGGACCAUGGAGAGCGGCACCAGCAGCCCUCAGCCUCCACAGUCAGAUCCCCUGGAUGCGUUUCCUCAGAAGGGCUUGGAGCCUGGGGACAUCGCGGUGCUGGUUCUGUACUUCCUCUUUGUCCUGGCUGUUGGACUAUGGUCCACAGUGAAGACCAAAAGAGACACAGUGAAAGGCUACUUCCUGGCUGGAGGGGACAUGGUGUGGUGGCCAGUGGGUGCAUCCUUGUUUGCCAGCAAUGUUGGAAGUGGACAUUUCAUUGGCCUGGCAGGAUCAGGUGCUGCUACGGGCAUUUCUGUAUCAGCUUAUGAACUUAAUGGCUUGUUUUCUGUGCUGAUGUUGGCCUGGAUCUUCCUCCCCAUCUACAUUGCUGGUCAGGUCACCACGAUGCCAGAAUACCUACGCAAGCGCUUCGGUGGCAUCAGAAUCCCCAUCAUCCUGGCUGUACUCUACCUAUUUAUCUACAUCUUCACCAAGAUCUCGGUAGACAUGUAUGCAGGUGCCAUCUUCAUCCAGCAGUCUUUGCACCUGGAUCUGUACCUGGCCAUAGUUGGGCUGCUGGCCAUCACUGCUGUAUACACGGUUGCUGGUGGCCUGGCUGCUGUGAUCUACACGGAUGCGCUGCAGACGCUGAUCAUGCUUAUAGGAGCGCUCACCUUGAUGGGCUACAGUUUCGUCGCGGUUGGUGGGAUGGAAGGCCUGAAGGAGAAGUACUUCUUGGCCCUGGCUAGCAACCGGAGCGAGAACAGCAGCUGUGGGCUGCCCCGGGAAGAUGCCUUCCAUAUUUUCCGAGAUCCACUGACAUCUGAUCUCCCGUGGCCGGGGGUCCUAUUUGGAAUGUCCAUCCCAUCCCUCUGGUAUUGGUGCACGGAUCAGGUGAUUGUCCAGCGGACUCUGGCUGCCAAGAACCUGUCCCAUGCAAAAGGAGGUGCUCUGAUGGCUGCGUACCUGAAGGUGCUGCCCCUCUUCAUAAUGGUGUUCCCUGGGAUGGUCAGCCGCAUCCUCUUCCCAGAUCAAGUGGCUUGUGCAGAUCCAGAGAUCUGCCAGAAGAUCUGCAGCAACCCCUCAGGCUGUUCUGACAUCGCGUAUCCCAAACUCGUGCUGGAACUCCUGCCCACAGGGCUCCGUGGGCUGAUGAUGGCUGUGAUGGUGGCGGCUCUCAUGUCCUCCCUCACCUCCAUCUUUAACAGUGCCAGCACCAUCUUCACCAUGGACCUCUGGAAUCACCUCCGGCCUCGGGCAUCUGAGAAGGAGCUCAUGAUUGUGGGCAGGGUGUUUGUGCUGCUGCUGGUCCUGGUCUCCAUCCUCUGGAUCCCUGUGGUCCAGGCCAGCCAGGGCGGCCAGCUCUUCAUCUACAUCCAGUCCAUCAGUUCCUACCUGCAGCCGCCUGUGGCGGUGGUCUUCAUCAUGGGAUGUUUCUGGAAGAGGACCAAUGAAAAGGGUGCCUUCUGGGGCCUGAUCUCGGGCCUGCUCCUGGGCUUGGUUAGGCUGGUCCUGGACUUCAUUUACGUGCAGCCUCGAUGUGACCAGCCAGAUGAGCGCCCGGUCCUGGUGAAGAGCAUUCACUACCUCUACUUCUCCAUGAUCCUGUCCACGGUCACCCUCAUCACUGUCUCCACCGUGAGCUGGUUCACAGAGCCGCCCUCCAAGGAGAUGGUCAGCCACCUGACCUGGUUUACUCGUCAUGACCCCGUGGUCCAGAAGGAACAAGCGCCACCAGCAGCUCCCUUGUCUCUUACCCUCUCUCAGAACGGGAUGCCAGAGGCCAGCAGCAGCAGCAGCAGCGUCCAGUUCGAGAUGGUUCAAGAAAACAUGUCUAAAACCCACAGCUGUGACAUGACCCCGAAGCAGUCCAAAGUGGUGAAGGCCAUCCUGUGGCUCUGCGGAAUACAGGAGAAGGGCAAGGAAGAGCUCCCGGCCAGAGCAGAAGCCGUCAUAAUUUCCCUGGAAGAAAAUCCCUUGGUGAAGACCCUCCUGGACGUCAACCUCAUUUUCUGCGUGAGCUGCGCCAUCUUUAUCUGGGGCUACUUUGCUUAGUGUGGGGUGAACCCAGGGGUCCAAACUCUGUUUCUCUUCAAUGCUCCAUUUUUUUUAAUGAAAGAAAAAAUAAUAAAGCUUUUGUUUGUUUACCACAA